ACCACCGCCGCUGCCGCCACCGCGGGACCGCGCCCCUCCCCCGCCGCCCGGCCCCAGCGGCCCGCGGGAGCGGACGCGAGUGCGGUGCUCGGUGACACCGUCAGUUCCUUGCAGCCCCCUGUGGCAGGAUGACUCAAGGAUGUAGGUGAUCUACAGUAUAGCCACAGCCUGGCCAAGGUCCGCAUGCCGCCACCACCCCGGCCCCUGUCCCCUAGCCCGGGCUGUGCAUUCCUGCCAGGUAUCCCUGUGGACAGAGCAAGUACAGGAGUGAGUCUUCUGACCCGGCGGAGCAAGCAAGUAGCUGACAGAGGGACCCCGGGCCGGCGGCUCCUUGGCUUAUCAGAGACAUUCUCCUGCAGUGGCUCAGCAAGAUGACCAGUCUAUUUCGCAGGAGCAGCAGCGGCAGCGGCGGUGGCGGGGCCACCGGGGCUCGAGGGGCCGGGGCGGGGGCCGGGGCCGGGGCCGGGGAUGGCAGCGCAGCCCCUCAGGAACUCAACAACAGCAGGCCGGCCCGCCAAGUGCGCCGCCUCGAGUUCAACCAGGCCAUGGAUGACUUCAAGACUAUGUUCCCCAACAUGGACUACGACAUCAUUGAGUGCGUGCUGCGUGCCAACAGCGGCGCGGUGGAUGCCACCAUCGACCAGCUGUUGCAGAUGAACCUGGAGGCGGGUGGCGGCAGUGCCUAUGAGGACAGCUCGGACUCGGAGGACAGCAUCCCACCAGAGAUCUUGGAAAGGACCUUGGAGCCGGAUAGCUCUGAGGAAGAGCCCCCGCCCGUGUACUCGCCACCAGCUUACCACAUGCACGUGUUCGACAGGCCUUACCCAGUGGCUCCGCCAACUCCACCUCCCCGCACUGAUGUCCUGGGCUCUGGACAACCUGCAAGCCAGAGUCGCUACAGGAACUGGAACCCACCCCUACUGGGCAACCUUCCUGAUGAUUUUCUCCGAAUCCUGCCCCAGCAGAUGGACAGCAUUCAGGGUCACCCCGGGGGCUCCAAACCUAUGGGUGGAGAGGGAGGCCCAGCCCCAGUGCCGGGACCUGGUGCCUGCGACCAGGACAGCCGCUGGAAGCAGUACCUGGAGGACGAGAGAAUUGCCCUCUUCCUGCAGAACGAAGAGUUCAUGAAGGAGCUGCAGCGCAACCGUGACUUUCUCCUUGCCCUGGAGAGAGAUCGACUGAAGUAUGAAUCCCAGAAAUCCAAAUCCAGCAAUGUGGCUGUCGGAAAUGACUUAGGCCUUCCCUCCUCUGUCCCAGGAACCAGUGACACCAACCCCACUGUGUCAGAAGAUGCCUUAUUCAGGGACAAGUUGAAACACAUGGGAAAAUCCACUCGUAGGAAGCUGUUUGAACUCGCCCGAGCCUUCUCUGAGAAGACCAAAAUGAGGAAGUCAAAGAGGAGACACUUGCCGAAGCUUCAGUCGCUGGGAGCUGCUGUGUCAACAGCCAACCUCCUGGAUGACGUGGAGGGCCAUGCUUAUGAUGAAGACUUCCGGGGAAGGCGGCAGGAGGUACUGAAGGUGGAAGAGACCCCAAGAGACGGACAGUAAGAGGUGCCAGCAGCAGCGUCGCCUAGCCAGAGAUGCUCUGACCGGUGGAGGCAACCAGAGAGAAACCCCAGUGCCCUCCAGCUGCAGCUGAGACAGAUGGUGCUUGCAUACCACAGCCCAGGCUUCCUUGGCCACAGUCCAGCCCAGACACUGCCACUUUCCACAGGACUUAUGGAACUUUCAGAGUUGCUUGUGAUUGGAGGAGGGACUUAGAGACAGCAGCCAGCCACAACUUGGUUUGCAGUCUGUGGGAAGAGCAGAAAAUUCAGGAACCACCCCUCCAGAGAGAGAGGGGGGGGAGGAGGAGGAG